ACUGGUUUUGUCUGAAAUGGACAAGGGCGAUGUUUACGUUAAAUACUCGGGAUGACAAGAAGGAUUCCCACGGAAACAAGAUAAGAAUGAUGUCACCAAGACUGCUACUGUACAGCAUUUUAAGUGUGCUGUCACUGCCGGGAAAUGUGUACUCCUUAACACCUUUACAGAGGGAUGAAGUCGAAAACAUGCUCCAGAAAGACCAUUCGACGCCUCCAUUUUACCAUACAGGUAAUCGGACUGUGAUACGAAUCAGCAUCUAUAUGACAGAAAUGAGAUUUUUGAAGCGAACUGAAGCUGAUUUUACGUUUUACUAUUAUCAAAUAUGGGACGAUCCUCGCCUCAAGUACCCUUUUGCAAAUACUACUGAUUUUGGUUUGAAAGACUACCACGUGGUUCGAAGAAAAUACUUUGAUAACAUAUGGCUUGCUGAGAGUUACAUCGAAAAUGAGUUACACUCACGUGUGCAUGAUUCGUCCAUGUCCAAUCGUUUUGUCUGGCUUCUCUCCAAUGGAACACUUGUGUACAGUAUGAGAAUGACUGCUGGACUUGUUUGUAAUUUGCGAGGAGUUCUAUUUCCAAAUGCUUUAUUUGUUUGCAGACUCAAGUUUCGGAUUCAUUCGUACACGAAAGAAAAAGUAUCGUUGGAAUGGGAUACCCUGCAGAAGCCUAUUAUUCCUAUGGACUUCGACAAUGAGGAUGUUUCGAUGGAUAAAUGGGAAUUACUGCAUUGUACCUUAGACGAUAGCGCAGUUGUAGAUAGUUCCUGCUUGGAGCUCAAACUCGGCGUCAAGGUCGGUUUUGCGAGUAAUGCUGUACGUAUUUUCAUGCCAAGUAUUUUCAUCGUAUUAGUCGGAUGGUUAAGUUUCUGGAUCGAGCGAUCAGAAGUGUCAGCAAGAAUUAAACUUGGUACACUCUCAAUGAUAGCAAUGAUCACGGAACAGGUAGGGGCGAAAUUCUUCCUACCUGUGGAUUUCAAAGUAACAGCAUUCGAAGUUUGGUAUAUUAUGUCUUUAGUUUUUGUCGUUGCUGCAAUGUUUGAGUAUACAUUCGUACAUGCUGUGGAUGUGUUCCAACUGAAAGUGAAACGACAGGAGGAUCAAAGAAAAGAAAUACGUGAAGUGUCAGGCAGCGAUGUGGAUACGAAUGGAGACAGUAGGGUUGGUUCUACGGACCAGAUCGAAAUGGACAAGAUUGAUUCGGUGGGUCCCAUCAAUGAUCAAAGUAUCAGUACAGAAGAUAACAACGACUUGAUGAACACCUGUUGUGCCAGGUACAUCAUGAUGAUUUCAACGGGUCGCGUGGAGAAAUACUUCCGCAUUUUGUAUGCUAUCGCCUACCUUGUUUUCCAGUUUUUCUUCUGGACUAUUUCACUGAACUAUGAAGAAACCAAUAUUUGAUAGAAGGACGAUAUUUACCGUUGGACUUUGUUAGCAAGAAAGAAAGCUUUUCACUAAGAAAUAUUUCAAUAUAAGCACGGUUUUCGACAUGUACGAAAGUGUUAUGUCGAAAACGUAUCUUACGUUAAUCAAAUAAAGAAACAGUAUCAAAUCCUGCGUUCCCAACAAAAGCGAUCGGAUUAUGAAAGGGUUGAUAUACUGGAAAUUUGUUUCUAUCAAAAAUUGUCAAACUCUCCUCUGAACAUCCUCGGAAUUCCAGGGGUAACGCUCACUCGCAUUCUUUGCAUCACUGUCAUGGUAUAAUCAAAGACACGCGUUAACCUAUUUUUAAACCCUAGGUUUAUGCCUGUCCUUUGAAUGUUGCAGACGAGCGACAUCCAACUUCGAAACCGUCACAAUGAUGUUAAAAGCUUACAUUACAUAUUACAUACUAUUA